CCUAGCUAUAUAUAUGCCACCUAUGUCUCCCAACUCAAUCAGUCUCACUGCUAGAGCUCAAAGCAGAAACCACAGCGCAAUGGACAACCGCAGACCAUCCGUAAUAGUCAUGUUCGGCUGCUUGCUUGCCGUGGCCGCGGCGACGCCGACCGUAGAGCUGGAACUGGAAGCACCACCGGACGGGGCCAAUAUCUCUACCUACAUCGUGCACGUCGCCAACUCCCAUGCGCCGCGCUCCACGCUAAGCGCAGCCCGCCUCACCAGCGUCUACACCUCCUUCCUACGUGACGCCCUCCCCCCGCACAUCAGCGAGCCCGCGCCGAGCAUCCUUUACGCCUACGCGCACGCCAUGACGGGCUUCGCGGCGCGUCUCACGGAGCGCCAGGCCGCGCACCUGGAGACCCAGCCCUCCGUCCUCCGCGUCACCCCCGACAAGCUCUACGAGCUCCAAACCACACUGUCACCCACCUUCCUCGGCCUCACGCCAUCCUCGCCGCUCAUGGCCGCGUCGAACGGUGCCACGGACGUGGUGAUCGCCGUCCUGGACACUGGCAUCUACCCCAAGGACCGUGCGUCCUUCUACCCGUCGGUGAAUUUGCCUCCUCCAGCAAGGUUCCGAGGAGGCUGUGUCUCUACCCCCAAUUUCGACGCCGCCGCCUACUGCAACAGCAAGCUCGUGGGCGCCAAGUUCUUCACUAAAGGGUCCACGGCUUGGUGCUCUGAGGCGUCGCCGCUCGACGUCAACGGCCACGGCACCCACUGUGCCUCCAUUGCCGCCGGUUCCCCGGUCCCAAACGCCAACCUCUUCGGCUACGCCACGGGCACCGCCCAGGGUGCAGCCCCGGGUGCGCGCAUUGCCUCCUACAAGGUAUGCACGGGCUGCGCGGCUAAAUCCACGUGCCCGUCGUCCGACGUACUGGCGGGUUUGAAUGAGGCCAUCGCCGACAAAGUUGACGUCAUAUCCCUCUCUCUUGGUGGUCAACAUCCAAAUCUGUACGAUGAUCUCACGGCCGUCGGUGCAUUCAGUGCCGUCCGUGAAGGCAUACCUGUGAUCGCUGCCGGCGGGAAUUCUGGUCCUGACAGGGCCACCCUAUACAACGUCGCGCCAUGGUUCUUGACCGUUGGCGCAUCCAACAUGAACCGUGAGUUCAGGGCACCCGUCAAACUCGGCAACGGAAAAACCUUCCGUGGGGUCUCGCUUUACGACGUCAACAGUGAUCCAUCAUAUGAUGGUACCAAGAUGAAGCCGCUAGUCUAUGGCCUCGAUGUCGGCUCUGACGGGUGCAUGGCUGGGAAACUUGACCCCAUCAAAGUCGCCGGCAAAAUCGUCGUGUGCAGCCCAGGUGUCAACCUAGACACGGAAAAAGGUGCUGCCGUCAAGCAAGCCGGUGGUGUUGGUGCCAUAAUCGCAAGUGGCGUCAAUUACGGCGAGUAUGUCAAGGCCGAAGCCCACGUCCUCCCAGCCGUGUCGGUCACGUUCGCGGAUGCCAUAGAGAUCGCAAAAUACUCCCAGACUCCAAACCCAGUCGCGACAAUCUCCUCCUUCAGCAGCUUCACCGGACAGCUAAGUCUGUCUCCCCCCAGGGUCGCGGCGUUCUCCAGCCGCGGGCCGAACCACCUCGCCCCGGAGAUCCUCAAGCCCGACGUGGUCGCGCCCGGCGUCGAAAUCCUCGCCGCGUGGACAGGCGAGCGAGCGCCUUCGCAAGUCGUCACCGACACGAGGCGUGUCAAGUUCAACGUCCUGUCCGGUACGUCCAUGGCCUGCCCACACGUGAGCGGCAUCGCCGCUAUGCUCAAGGCGGCGCGGUCAGCGUGGAGCCCAGCGGCGAUCAAGUCAGCCCUGAUGACGACGGCCUACAACAUGGACAGAUCCGGCGGCGCCAUCAAGGACACAAACACCAGCAUGGAAGCCGGGCCGUUCGACCUUGGCGCCGGCCAUGUCGACCCCAACAGCGCCCUCGACCCGGGCCUAGUGUUCGACGCCGGCGAAGACGACUACAUCUCCUUCCUGUGUGCUCUAGGCUACACGCCCCGGCAGAUCGCCAUAUUCACAAAGGCCAGCCCGGUGGUGGACGUCUGCUCGAAGCACAAGGGCGCCUCAGUGGGUGACCUCAACUACCCAGCCUUCUCGGUGGCGUUCAAGUCAUACACGGACAAGGUCACGCAGCGCCGCGUGGUGCGCAACGUCGGGAGCAACGUGAAUGCGGUGUACACGAUCAGCCGUCGUGGCCCCGUCGGGAACGUGGGAGUCACCGUGACGCCCGAUAGAUUGGUGUUCGACGCGCAGCACCAGACACGGGAGUACACGGUCACCUUCUCGACGCUGAACCCGAGCGUCAAGUCCACGGAGGAGCACGGUGCCCUCGUGUGGUCCGACGGGAAGCACGAGGUGGCCAGCCCCAUGGUCUUCACCUGGCCGGCUCCCAAGCCGGGUCCCAAACCUGCCGUGGCUGCGAUGUGAGUGUGAGCCGCACCCAUGCAUCUCCUAGUUCUUGUUGUCAUAUACGUAUCAUGUAUUCAUAAGGUUUGUGCGCCUAGUGCCGUGUGCAACCAUGCUGCGGAAACUAUAUGUAUUGUACUACGUGAAUAAGGUGCAUGUCGCCAAACCUAUAUCAUACGUGAAUAAGAACUGUGUGGAUUAUUUGUUCGACCGUU